AUAAUCUUUCCUGUUUUCUCUUUUCCUCGGGGAUUUAAAGAAUUUUCAUUUUCUUAGAAUUUUGUUCUUUUGAUUUUAUCUUUUUUACCCUUUUUUCUCUUUUAUCUCCCAACACCAGAGGAUCCUGUUCCUGUGCGUAGUUCCUGGUAAAAAUCCUUCUCAAUGCCACUGCGCCGUGAUAGCUACGUACUCUAUUCGUGGCUAUCACGGAAGGUGGAAUUUGACUUUGAAGCCAGAAAAAAGGUUCUGUUUUUGGGGGAAAGGUUGAAAGGGGUUUAGUUGUGAAUCCAGGCUUUCUAUGUUGAUGGAUUGAGAUAGGAUCUUUUGUUUGUGGGUGGGAUUGGUGGGUUUUAACAGAUGUUUUGUUCUCUUGGAGAUGAGAUGAGAUGAGAUUUGGGUGAGGCAGGGUGUUGCUUUUUAUGGUUUUCCAUGGGUUUGAUUAGUUCCUUGAUUUUAAUGACACCGGAAUUUGACCAUUAGGGAGUUUAUUGUUGAUGGUUUUGGAAGAAAUUUCGUUUCUCGAGCUCUGUAAGUAUUGUUUGGGAAGCACCCUUUAGAUUUUGAGCCGCCUUCUUCUCAGCUGAAGGUGAAGGAUAAUAAGGAAGAUAAGGUCUUUUAGGACUUCAAGUAUUUGAGUUCUAAUCACAGGGGUAGAAAAAUGGAAGAACAGGCAUAUUCUUGGAUUAGGAGAACAAGUUUUUCUCAAACGGUUUGUCAUAGAUUGGAUACAACAAGAUUGGCUUCUUUUCCAAUCAUUAUUCAACCAGAUAGGAAUCCAGGAUUAAAAUCAAGGCCUGUAGCAGCUUCUUCAAAUAAAGCAGCUUCUUCAAAUAAAAAGUCAAAUCGCAGUAACUUGGAGAUUCAGCGGAAUCCCAUUACAAACAAGCAAAGAGCUGCAUCUCCUCUGCCUCAGACACCAAUCCCUGAUGUUUUCAAGGAAGCAAGGUCGGAGAGGAAGAGAUUCUCCACUCCACAUCCUCGGAAGAAGGAGUCAGAUAAGGGGUUCAUGGGAAAGCUGUUCUAUAAAGAAUCCCGGGAGGCUAAGGCAUCCAAUUCGUUUGCAACAAAUACAAGUCCUCUUAGGCACUUGGGAACGAUGAAAGUUCAAGAGAGAAUGAAGAGUAGGAAAGAAUCUGCUUGGGCUAAGUAUUUUGACCAUGGUGGAGGAAGGGUCACUUCUGUUGAAGGAGCUGAUGAGCAUACUGUGGAUCUCUCCAAGCUGUUUCUUGGGCUCAGAUUUGCUCAUGGAGCACAUAGCCGGCUUUACCAUGGGAUAUAUAAAGAUGAGCCUGUUGCAGUUAAAAUUAUCACCAUACCUGAUGAUGAGGAAAAUGGAAACUUUGCAGCUCGAUUAGAGAAACAAUUCAACCGAGAAGUUACUCUUUUAUCUAGACUCCGCCAUCAAAAUGUCAUAAAGUUUGUAGCUGCAUGCAAAAAGCCACCAGUUUAUUGUGUCAUUACAGAGUAUCUAUCAGAGGGUUCUUUAAGGGCAUACUUGCACAAGCUUGAUCAUAAGGCACUUCCCUUGCAAAAAUUAAUUGCAAUUGCUUUGGAUAUUGCUCGGGGAAUGAGCUACAUCCACUCUGAAGGAGUGAUUCAUCGAGAUCUUAAACCAGAAAAUAUCCUCAUUGAUGAGAACUUCCAAUUGAAAAUUGCUGAUUUUGGUAUAGCUUGUGAGGAGGCAUAUUGUGACCUGUUGACAGACGAUCCAGGAACUUAUCGUUGGAUGGCACCUGAGAUGAUCAAAAAGAAAUCCUAUGGACGGAAGGUUGAUGUUUACAGUUUUGGACUGAUCUUGUGGGAGAUGGUGUCUGGAACAAUCCCAUAUGAUGACAUGAAUCCCAUCCAGGCUGCUUUUGCAGUGGUCAAUAAGAAUCUGAGACCUGCUAUGCCAAGGGAUUGUUCACCUCCCUUACGAGCUUUAAUUGAGCAAUGUUGGUCCUUGCAACCAGACAAGAGGCCAGAAUUUUCACAGAUUGUGAAUGUAUUGGAGCAAUUUGAGUCCUCACUCAAUCACAAUGGAACCCUGAAUCAAGUACAGAACCUAAUAUGCCAAGAUAAUAAGAAAGGAUUCCUUCACUGGAUUCAGAAGCUCAGUCCUUUGCACCCUAAUAGCAAUAGUCAAAACAUGCCUAAACCUAAAUUCACAUGAAUCUUCUUUGUGACCUGGCUUUUGUAGUGUCACCAGGUCGUUGUAAUUAAAAAGGAAUCGCACAUGGAAGAGAAAGGGAAAAUGGAUGCUGGCAUCAAAUAAUGAUGAUGGAAUAUCUAAGAUCAUUAGACACUGCCCUCUCAUAUUUUAGUCAUCUCAUUAAAAAAAAAAAAACCAUUUAAUUUUGA